AUGAUAGUAAAGAUCCUCUGGCUACGAGCUCGAAUGAAUGGAGGGUUUCCUUCGAGACGUAAAAGACUUCUGGGGUUCUCUUGCGAAGGCAUCGAAAGGGCUUAUCAAGCUUAUUUGACUGAAAAUCAUACCGUCUAUAAUCCAAAGAAGGACGAACUGAUCGUUCUAUACGAGAAGUGCCAAGUGCUGAGUAUACCGAAAUUCGAAAGAAAUUUUCGCCAUGAAGUCGACUUAAACUUACAAAAUGUAAGUAACUCAAGCAAGUUAGUUUACAUAGCACAAUGGUAA